CCUGACAUUUCUGAUCAACUGUGGUAGGGUUUGUUAUGAACCGGUGAAAAUCACAAACUUAUAUUUUAUAAAGAAAAAUAAGGGAUGUUUGCGAGUAGAAUCACUUUAUCUGGAUCCCUUGCAAGACAUCUCUUAUGGCAAAAAAGGAGCGCAAGAGGCAUUUCCAGUCAACCGUGGUGUUCCAAAAAUGUUUCAGUGGUAGAAUUGCCGAUUGCAGUGGAUGGAAUGCAAAGAAAAAUGAUAUCACUAACACGAACGCAUUCCAUGGGAGCAACUGAUAUCUGCAACAGCAAAAAUCCCCAUUGUAUUUUCGCGUCUCACUGCGGCCCCAAUCCAGUUCGAAUACCUUCAUCUCGAUCAUUCGCGAUCGAAACACGUCGACAGUAUAGUGUCAGCAGUGGUGCUACUAGCCUAGGGUCACCACAAUCAGUAAUCUCAACUCAAGGGUCACGAACAACAAGCAACAAACGAAAAAUGCUCGUAAAGCUAACCGAGGAACAGCGCAAAGAACAGUUGCAACCACUGUUCGAUGCCGGAUGGACCAUGGUUAAGGAUCGCGAUGCCAUCUACAAGGAAUAUCUGUUCAAAAAUUUCAAUGAGGCUUUCGGUUUCAUGACUCGUGUGGCACUUCUGGCUGACAAAAUGGAUCACCAUCCGGAGUGGUUCAAUGUAUACAACAAGGUGCAGGUGACCUUGGCCACCCACGAUUGUAGUGGAUUGAGCGAACGUGAUGUGAAACUGGCCAAAUUUCUCGAAGAAGCUGUCAGCAAAUAUUGAACGUUCGAAAUUAAUGUUAUAUUACAAUAAGUGUUAAUAAUCAGUCAGAAUCAAAUACAAAAACAUUAAAGCUAGGACAUGCAUUUGCUCAUUAUUUCGUAUGCAGCAUUGUCGGCUUUAUCCGGUGAUGUCUCGUCAAUAUCAUAUCUACAAAAGGAAAUAAAUUAAUAAAUUUGUUAUUA